AUGGUCUCAACAUUUUUGGAAGCAGAUAAACUAAAGAGAGAGAAUAAAGUGCUUCACAGUAUCAAGUUCAAGUAUGGCGGUAAAUCUGUCCAGCUAAAACCUCUUGGAAAGAAAAAGGGAUAUAUGGGAUUAGUUAAAAGUAGAAUGGAUGCCUGCGGAUUUAUCUUAAUAGCAAGUGCAAUCAAAGAUGUUUGUUCACAAAGCGAAUCUAAGAAGCAUGCUGAAAUAGCUGACAUCCUGAAUCCUUUCAUUGGUUUGUCAUAUGAUGAUUUUAGGAAAGAAUAUGAUUCCAUCUGCUUCGAUUAUAAUUUUUUAAAUUUGAAGCAGAAAGCCAUUAAAUUGUAUAUGAAUUCGUUCUAUGGUGUAGCUGGCCAAAGUGACUCCCCAUUCUUUAUACUUGAAUUCACUAGAGGUAUUACUUCAGCUGGGAAAGGUGUAAUCUCAAAACAAGAGUACUGGACUGAAAUGGUCAAAAUUACUAUGGGAAUAAUGAAAAAAUUGCGCAAUGAAAUAAACAACUUUCUUAGGUUAAAAACCAGAUCAGAUUAUCUCAAAAUAGCUUAUGAAGAAAUUAUGUGGGGAGUCAUAGAUAUUAACAAUGACCGAUCACUCCAUGAUAUUGCUGAAGACGUUCUCAAGGAUACUUUGGUUAAUACUAAGCAAAAUAAUUUCGAACAGUUUAUAGAGACCGACGCAUGGAAACCUGAUAAAGACAACAAAGCUGUUCAGCAAUUUAUAGGAUGA